UAAAUAUAAAAUAGUGUUAAAAUAAACAAAAUAUUGUUAAAUAAUAAUGAUAAUUAUUAAAAAAUAAAAAUAAUUUAAUAAUAUUAAUAACAAAAAAGUGUUUGUUCAAGUUUGGUUGGAGUUGAGAUUUUUGUCGUUAUUUAAACGAUUCAAAACUGUUAAAAACAUUUUUUCUACACACAAGUAUAAUGUUUAUAAAUGAAAUAGAAUAAUUAUAAUGUGCCUACACUAAACAUCCAUAUAAUGGAAUGUUGAUUAAAUUGGACAAAAAUAAAAUUUAAAUAAACAAUAAGAACCAAGAACCAAAAAUAUUAGUACAAAGUAAAAAGAAAUAGACAGAGACAGAGAGAGAGAGCUAGAAACAAAAAAUAAAAACAACAAAAAAAGUGAUAACAAAGACCAAACAAAUUAAAUAACAUGCAGUAUCAGCCUGGUUCAUGGUAUUUACCAUGGGGAAUACCAAUACAAAAAAUGCUAACAAUGCCGUAUCCUCAACCAGGAUCACCAAAUGCAGCAACAAUUAGUCCCUAUGCAGCGACAAACAAUGCUACCCUAACAUGCCAAGUCUUGCCGAACCAACAUCCGAGCAAUGUUAACAACAAUACCGCAACAACAAUUCAAGUGCAAACAGCAGCCGCAGCAGCAGCAGCAGGGGCACACAAUUAUCAACAUCCAACCUUUCAUCCAAAUGCUGUGGGGACAUUUGCAUGCAGCAAUACACCAGCUACUCUACACCAUAAUACAUCGGCUGUGGCAGCAGCACCACCACCACAACAUACUGCACCUUCCAUGCCAUCAUCAAACAUGCUUAACGGCCACGGACAUGGUCUUCCACAUCUGCAAGGUACCCAAAUGCAGAACAACCAUACGCAACAUCCAAAUACUUUACUGCCGUCUGCAGCAGCUGCUGCUGCUGCGGCCGCAAUGUUCUCACCACUUGCCCUGCGUACAUACUUGGCCUCUUCCGCUGCAGCUGCUGCCGCUGCACUCAACAAUCCAUUGGUUGGAGUGCCCAACCAAACAACCCUUUCGGGUUGUUCACAAGUUAUACCUCAACAAACACCAAAUCAGGUCAAUACGUCGACCCCUCAAUUAACAUGUGUUCCAUCUUCUCCAUCUCCUCAACACCAUCUCAACAGUCACAGUCAUCACCACCACCACCAUCAUCAACAGACCCUACCGGCAGCAAUAAACUUGAAUGUUGACGUUGUUGCAAUGCGUCAUCAUGUUAACAAUAUAAAUGCGGCCAAUAAUCUUUCAAUCUCUUUGAAAAAGUUAUUGCCUCCCAAUGAUAAGGAAAAGCCAAAAAUUCAGAAUCCUGAAAAAAGAAAAGCUGACGAUUCCGAUCAAUUGAAAGAUUUGAAAAAGGCAAAACUAGAAACAAAGGCUUUGAAGGCUAAAAGACCCGGCUUUACUGAUGAGCGGUAUCACGAGACAUCGUACUACAUUGAAAACGGAUUACGAAAGGUUUAUCCGUAUUAUUUUACUUUUACAACAUUUACCAAAGGACGUUGGGUAGGUGAAAAGAUUCUAGAUGUAUUCGCUCGUGAAUUUCGAGCACAUCCAGCUGAAGAGUAUGAACGCUGCAUCAAAUCAGGAACUUUAACAGUAAAUUAUGAUAAAGUGCCUGUUGAUUACAGACUAAAACACAAUGAUUUGUUAGCAAAUAUUGUUCAUCGACAUGAAGUUCCAGUUACUAGUCAACCAAUCACAAUAGUACACAUGGACGACGAUAUUGUGGUUGUUAAUAAACCAGCAUCUAUACCAGUUCAUCCAUGUGGCAGAUAUCGGCAUAACACUGUAGUUUUUAUAUUGGCCAAAGAAUAUAAUUUGAAGAAUUUACGUACAAUACAUCGCUUAGAUCGUCUUACUUCAGGUCUUCUCUUAUUUGGCCGCAGUCCCAAAAAAGCACGACAAAUGGAACAUCAAAUCCGCAAUAGGCAAGUGCAAAAGGAGUAUAUUUGUCGUGUGGAAGGUGAAUUUCCAGAGGGAGUUAUCGAAUGCAACGAACCAAUUGAAGUUGUUAGCUAUAAAAUUGGAGUCUGUAAAGUGUCACCAAAGGGCAAGGAUUGUACAACAACAUUUCAGAAAAUUUCUUACAAUGGAAAAACAAGUGUUGUAUUGUGCAAACCACUAACAGGACGUAUGCAUCAAAUUCGUGUCCACUUACAAUAUCUAGGAUUUCCUGUUGUUAACGAUCCUUUGUAUAAUCAUGAAGUGUUUGGACCCCUUAAAGGCCAAGGUGGUGAUAUUGGUGGUAAAACUGACGAAGAGCUAGUGCGUGAUUUAAUCAAUAUUCAUAAUGCUGAAAAUUGGUUGGGUAUCGAUGGUGACUCUGAUAUAUCAAUGUUUAAAACUAUUAAAGGAGACUGUGAUGUUGACACUAUAAGCUUAGGAAGCGAAACAAAAGGACAUGUUUUAAGUGAUGACGAUUCGGAAAUUACAUCUCGUGAAACUUCACCAACAUGCCCCAACAGUCCACGUCUUGCGGACCCUGCUGCACAACUUCUGAAAAAUGUAAAUGAAGUGGAACUAGUUAAAAUUACGCAUGCUUCAGACAUUAGCAAUCUUACAAUUGCCGAUACUAACAAUAGCAAUGAAGUGUAUGAGAAAAAUGAUUCAUAUUCUCACAUCAAGGUAGAAGUAACAGUUGCUACACAAACUGGUCACGAGGCUCCAGACAUGGCAUUCAAUGCUGAAAAAAUGACUUCAGAUAAACACUGUUAUGAAUGUAAAGUUCGCUACAGAGAUCCGAAACCAAAGGACCUUGUUAUGUAUUUGCAUGCAUGGAAAUAUAAGGGUCCUGGAUGGGAAUAUGAAACCAUGCUACCAAACUGGGGAAGUGCCGAUUGGAUUGAAACGGAUUAAGAAUAAAUGUAUGGAUUUUAUAAAGAAUAAACAGACACAUAUUAAUGCAUAGUAGAAAUACAACAAUAUAAAAAUAAAUAAAAAAUUAAAUUAGCAAAUUAUAUUUUUAUUACAAAAUAGUUUUGUAUAGUUAUUUGCAAAAAGCACAAAGAAAUGAUAAAUAAAUGUACAUCUAGAAAUUUGUCUACCUUAUAUGAAUAA